CCUGCAACUACGUUUUGCUGCUUAACUGGAGAGUUACCGCAUUUUUUGGCGACCUAUCGUACGAAAUAUUUGAACACGCUUUGUACGGUGAUAGCCAUGUCCCUAGCCUCCUGCCAGCUCACGAGCGGGAAUUCAUGAAGCGACUGACUAGUGAGUCACACGAACUGGCCAUCGACAAACUGCAGAUCCGCAUUCCGCGGCUCUUUCUCAAGUGCAGCGACGGCAAAAUGCACAUGGCCAGCCGCUUCAUGAGCGCCUUCAACGACAACUUCGCGCCGGUCACCGAGGAGAUGCUACUAAAGGUCACGAUUGUGCACGCGCGCUGGGUGCGCACCCUGACGUAUCCGGACGAUUGGCAGCCCAUUCGCAACUUCAUACAGCUGUUCAGCGGGUUUCAUCCGGACGGAACUCCGCAAAUUUGGAACGAUGUGGACUUGAGGGUACUGGAUGUGUCCAAGCUGAGCAAAAUGGCUGUGUAUGGAAUCGACGAACUGUUCUGCGUUUGAAAACCCUGA